ACAGGCAGCUGCUUCCCUUUUUUCUGCCUUGCUCAGGCUGUCUUUGCCUAGGAACCUGCAGGAGGACAGCAGCGCCAUGGCACCCCACGCCGUCCGCCAGACCUGCUGCUGCUUCAACGUGCGCAUUGCCACCACCGCACUGGCCAUCUACCAUGCGAUCAUGAGUGUGUUGCUGCUUAUCGAACACUCCGUGGAGGUGGCCCAUGGCAAGGUCUCCUGCAAGUUCUCCAAGUUGGGCUAUCUCAGGAUGGCUGACCUGUUCUCCAGCUUCCUGCUCAUCACCAUGCUCUUUGUCAUCAGCCUGAGCCUGCUGAUGGGCGUGAUCAAGAACCGGGAGAAAUACCUGCUGCCCUUCCUGUCCCUGCAAAUCAUGGACUACCUCCUAUGCCUGCUCACACUGCUGGGCUACUACAUUGAGCUGCCUGCCUACUUCAAAUUCGUCUCCCGCAGUGGCCGGGCUGGUCCCUCCAAGGUCCCACUGAUGACCCUGCAGCUGCUGGACUUCUGUCUGAGCAUCCUGACCCUCUGCAGCUCCUACAUGGAAGUGCCCACCUAUCUCAACUUCAAGUCCAUGAACCACAUGAAUUACCUCCCCAGCCAGGAGGGCAUGGCUCAUAGCCAGUUCAUCAAGAUGAUGAUCAUCUUCUCUGUUGCCUUCAUCAUGAUCCUCAUCUUGAAGGUCUACAUGUUCAAGUGUGUGUGGAGAUGCUACAAACUUAUCAAGUACAUGAACUUGGCUGAGGAGAAGGACCGCACGAAGAUGCUCCCAAAGGUGGUCCUGCCGUCCUAUGAGGAAGCCUUGUCUCUGCCCUGCAAGACCUCAGAGGGGGGCCUAGCACCACCCCCAUACUCAGAGGUGUGAUGUUCCAGGCCCCAGUCCCAGUGCUGGGAGGGGCGGAGCUGCCUCGCCAUCCGCUUCUUCUUUGCUUUGGGGGGAAGGGGUCCCCUGUGGCCUGGGUGAAACACCUGGCUGCCUCCUGGACAAUCGCUUGUGACCCCCUUGCUGGCCUGCUUCUCCAGUGGGGCCUGGGAGAUACUCCCCAGGGAGUCACCACCUUUCUCCAUUGAAUGACUCCUUGGGUUCUUCAAAGAUUCAGUCCAAUGGCACUUGUCUCAUUUUUUGAUCAAUUUUGACCUCUGUUUAAGGGACUAGUCAUUCCUAAUCCAGUGAGUUUGGUUAGCUACCUAGCAACUCAACCAGCUUUACUAAGUGACUGACAAACCCAAAUCACACAAGCGUCAGUUUGGUAGGGUAAGCUGGUCACACGGAAGCAGCAGUCUGUUGCGUUGCCUUGUAAAUGACUAUCAGUUCACCUUGCUCUGCAGCCAUGUGAAAUCAAGGCUCCCCAGCAAACACACACAUCUAGGUCUUUGUAGUAUCAUGAAUGAUCAGUCAUCAUCCAAGUCAGCCAAUCAUCAGUUGAUUCAGACCUGUGAUAAAAUUCUAUAAUAAUAAUAAUAAUAAUAAAAUUGAACCACCUCCCUCAAACUGUUAAAUUCAGCUUAAUUCAGCAGCUGUCUGCCUCUCUGAUAGUUUGGUAUUUCUGAGUGACCAAACCGUUCACUCUAAUGAGCACACGGCCAGAUAGGUGCUGAACAGCUACUAGAUGGCGAGUUCCAGGCUAUCCCCACUGUGACAGUUUGCAGACUGUCUCUCCAAAUGUCGAGUUGUCUUACUAAAGAGCUGUCAUGGUCACCUGCAUCAGACACAGUGUUUUUGGAGCCUGUCUCCCCAGUUGCAAUCCUCUCGAGUUCCCAAUGUCAAUCUACUGCAUAGCCUGCCCAAUUCGUAGGCAACUCAGUUUUGCCUGAGGCUUGUGGUCAAGCAGAAAUUCAAGCCUGAAAUCAGGCAAAUUCAUUCAUUGGACAAAAUCCAUGGGGCAGGUCACUCACAGAGGACACACCGUGGGUAGGUACAGACAUAUCAGGACACCUACUGGGAGUGCAGAGAGGAAAGUUCUGGCCCCUUUAUCUUUAGCUUGCUCCACUGGAGACCAGGCCCCCCAAUGGACUGACCCCCAAGGCAAGGAAAGGACCUUGAAGGCAGGCUUACUUGGGUCUGUGAGGGCUGACAGCAAGAGAAGGUUGUGGGAGAGGGACUCCACCAGCAUCCCCUCCUGAUUAUGUAAUUGCUUUGUGUAGGACAGGGAGAAUCUUCAAUAAAGCAGCAACAUGCUUCUGUC